CUGAAUUUGCAGCCCCCUUUCGAUGACUAACGCUUUCGGACGUGUCCGAGCGUAGCCCUGAGCGGUGUCGAGCCGCCGGAUCGGUCAAGGGCGGUGAAUGUGCGUGCGUGGGACCGGUUUUUUCUUUCCCACACUUCAAGGCCCACCGCACACUUUCCUUUAAAGGGCCGCCGCACUUGACUUGCGCAUGACCGCAUUAAAUAUUGAUCUCCAAGGGCUGAUUAAAUAUUCGCCACAAACGUGCUGUAGCGUUUUGUUGGUGUUCUGGGCAUCGUGCAGGUUGGCACUCGUGAGCAGCUUGUGCAAAACACACUCAAUGGUGCUGCCAGACGAAGACACGCUCCCGAUGACAACGGUUAAUAAUUGAUGAGCGGGCACCGUGUCGCCGCGAUGCCUCGAAGCCUCGUGCGACGCCGGGCAUAGUGGCCAGGACAAUGAGGGACAACCCGUAGGCCAGCCGAAGCCGGUGCAGAAUGUUCGGCGCCAAAAUCCGGAACUGGGUGGAGACGCACUUUGUGCGGCACCGCAAAAAACGGUCAAAAGAGGCCAAGGGGAAGGCGGCGGCCAACAAAUCCAGUCCGUCGACCGACCCUGGGCCGUCGACCGAGGCCGGCCCGUCGUCGAGUAGCGUGCACUCGGCCCUUAGCGGCGGUGGCGGCGGCACGACGCAGCCCACCAAGCGGGUGACGCUCGUGUCGCCGACGUUGUCGUGCAAAUUCUCGUACGCGGCGGCCACCGACGACACCAGCUGCGAGUCGCCGAAGAGGCCCACACUGCACGCCGCCAUCAACAACAACAACAAGCUCGGCGCCCGCUACAGCUCGUAUUUGUCCUCGCCCGAGUCGGCUUAUUCGACUGGCUACAGCACCGACGCAACCUCACCCUAUGAACCCUCCAUUGAUGCAACUUUAUCUCCAGAAUAUUAUAUAAACAUAAGAACAGGCACAAGGUACUUUCAGUCCGUCGACGUCGAUUUGCGCCGCAGAAAUGAGACUCUCAAGACUUUCGGCUCCGGGCAAAUCGGCCAAAGAGUUGACCCACACUCCAAGAGAGAAGACUGCAAGCGAGGGAGUGGAGUGCGAAGCGUGGGUGCCACGCCGCCACAGCCUCCGCCUCGCAAAUCCAGCAUUCCCGAAUCUAUUUUUGCACAAACCGAGCGAGCUUCGCCGAUCAAGCAGGUCGGCGUCCAGCAGCAGCAAAACCAGCAGCAGUUCUGCAACUCGCCGCGGCAGCGGUGUCGCAUCCGCACGAAUCCGUGGCUGUCAUCCUCGGCGGUCUCGGUGGCUCCUGUGCAGGAGCAGCAGCCGGUCGUGCCGCUGACGCCGCUCAAUGAGGACGUAAGCACGGCCGCCACCGUCGGCUCGUGGCACGUGGCAGACUCGACCACUACCUGCGACGAGGAGAGCUGCGAUGAUGACGUCUUUUCGAAGGAGAAACCUGUCAGGAGGAGGACGGUGGCCGCUGGGAAGAAGAAGAAGCGGCGGGGCAGCUUCUCGUCAGACUCAACCCUGUUGUCGACGCCGUCAAUUUCGCGAUGCAGCAGCGCUGAGGAGGAGGACGCGACCCUGAAUGAACUAGGUCGCUUUGACGAGAGCUACACCUACGACAAGGAGACUGACAUCCUGAGCGACAGUGACGCCACUGACUGCGAGGUUGACACGUCGCGCACACUCAACACGGAGCAGGAGUCCACCGCGUCAAACACCAUUUGCGACACAGAACUCGACUUCAUUGACGUCGGCGACCAGUGCUUCGACCCUGUGGCUGCUCAGGGUCCACCCGCUCAAGGUCACUGCACCUACCACCUGAGCUGCGACCAGGCAGAGUUCCGUCACCUCAGCAACAGUGCUGCCAGCAGCAAAAUGAAGCGAGCCAGCCAGAAACGCAGGGUGGCGGCGGCUGAGAGGCCACAGUCACCGAGUGUUCCGAGGCCCAGGGCGGUUGAGUCACCUUCACUCAGGGCCAGAAACUCACCCUGCCUCAGGAACAAGAGGGUUGAGUCCAGGGAGUCUCUCAGAGGCAGAGCUGUAGACUCACCUACCCUGAGAAUCAGAAUGAUGGCUGAGAAAAGGCUGGAAAGCGGCAACAGCACGCCUGUGGCGAAGCGUCGGUCGGCUUCAGGCUCGAACAGCAGCACCCCACAAGCCGUGCGGCACGUGCCCUUCGCUCGGAGCGAGAGCGGCGGCAGCACGCCGGUGCGCAGGGCGCCCGCCGACCUGCCCCUGAAGCAGCAGCAGAAGGUGCUGGCGGCCGAGUACUCUGAGUCAGAACGAAAACUGAUCGAGGCGGACAAAGAGGCCGAUCGCAAAUACCGCCAGCUCAUCAAGGAGGCUGAAAGUCUGCUCGUGCACAUGCGAAAUUCCACCGUCCACCAGGAGGUAGAACUCGAGACGCCCACCGUUGAGGCCAAACCCUUCCCGCAGCAGCAGCAUUCCAGACCCGACCCUGGCAGGCUCAGCAUAAAGAUUCAGAAAGGAGCAGCGCCGGCUUACCCAUCGGUGACUGUGACAACGCCAUCGGGCGGCCCGCCACGCGCGCUGGUCACCUUCCGCUCAGUUGACCUGAACAGUCCGGUGGCCUCGGAAGCGCCCUACUGCCCGCAGAGUGAGCCGGUGAAGCGCAAGGUGUACACGAGUGCCGCCCUGCAGCGCCUCCAGGACCACUUCAAACUCACCGAGAUGGACGAGAGCAGCGACUCGUCGCCGCCAGAACAGGACGACAGCCAAGGUCGGAGAGAGAAAUCCUGGAAUCAAACAGAAAGACAAUUAUUUUAUGAUUUUUUAGACGCGAGCAAGAAAGACGUGUCAGUGAGCGAAUACGGCAGCCAGGAGGAAAGAAGGAAGCGCCGCCAAGAGGCUCGAAAUCAAUACAAAUUGGCUGUCGCCCGGAGAAACAAUGUGCUCAGCAUUCUCGAAGAACUUAAACUCGACCUGCAGGUGCAGUCUGCCCGUUUGCACGACACGUAUCGGUCGACGAACGACCUUCGGAGUCCCUGCGUGGCCGACGUGACUCCCAGCCCGAACAAAGCGACCAACAUUUUCUCGCCAAUCAGAAGGGCCGCCAAGAAUACUCACUGAAAUUUCACAACCGUCCAUCGUCCACCAAUUUCAUAAUUGCAUUCAAGAAUGAGGGAAAGCAGUCGUCUGUAUACAAUUGUACUACCCGUGAGAUUUGUUAGGUGUCGUUUUGGAUUGCCGCGAUUUUCUAGUCGAGUAGCGUGUUUACACAGUAUUAAAAAGAGAGAUCAAAUGUAAAUUAAUGUUAAACCGAAACGCAGCUGUGUGGUAUCUGAAAUUCCGAAAUUUCCGCUCCUUCCAUAUCUCUUUUUCUAAUCUAGAUAAAGCAAUUGAAUUAAAGAAAAGGGUAUUAGCACUUGUUACUUGAAUCACACGGCUCAAUUCCUAAACAUGGAGAGUUCCUGUGCUGACGUUUCUUGCCCAGAUUACGCACCUAGUUAUUAAUAUACACACACACACACACACAUUACACGGAGUAUUUCUGUAGGAAAAAGAGAGAGUUCUAUAGGGUACAUUAUUGCAAUUUUGAUUAAAAUAUACGUACAAACACACGGUUCUUAGUUAGGACAAGUCAAGAUGAUCAAAAGAGAUUCUAGUUGCUUUUCAGCAGUGAUUUAUUUACGUAGCACAAGUGUAAGCAAUAAAUAAAUGAUUAAAAAUGUACGUAUUCUUGUCAGAAGCACAUUUGGUUUUGGACCGGUGGCAGGCAAACUCGUAGCUUCCAUAUAUACUGAUUUUUCUAGUUGUAGUCGAUGUAAUAUGGGUCUGAUUUUUUCUAUAUUCCAAGUAAUAACUUGCAGAAACGGAGAAACCCGUCUUAACCACACACUCAAAGACGGGAAUUAAUAUUUUGAACCCUUUUGAGGCGUUGCAGCCCGGAAAUUGACCUCAUAUUUUAGUGUGCGGAUCAAGCGCGGGUUUCUCCGUGUGAAGCUGGCAGGGAGGAACAGCAGUCGACGUUUUUUCGAAACGAAAAAAACAUUCCUGAGAGAACCUAUUUGUAAAAAUUCGUGGAAAUUAUUUUGUGAUAAGAGUCCAAGCGCAUUUGUUAUAUUAAACAGAGGUCAACUAACUUUGUGGAACCGUUCAAGUGACACAAAAGCAUCGAUCGUUUCCGUUGUCUGUUCGUAUACUGUUAAUUGAGUAAUUCAUCCGAUGUGUUCGUUCGUUUUGUGAUCAACUAUUUUUUGUUUGAACAAGUUUCUGUUCCGCAGCUACGUCAUUGUUGUGCUGAAUAUUAUAUAUUGAUAAUCAUUUCAAUAAAAGCAAGAAAACAUUGAAACAA